CAAUGGAGCAGGAAGUGUUGCGACUUGCCGCCCCGAGUCUUUGAGAGCCAGACAGGAAUGCAGGAGUUCCAGAUCAGCUCUGCAGGGUGUGGAGGGAGCACACUCGCCACUCGCCGCUCUCUGACUGCCGCUCGCCAUCGCUGAGGGAGCUCUCACAGGAUCACUGACACUCUCGGACUAGCAGCUGCAGGUUGUCUCCAAGGAGAUGGCAGGAAAGAUCUCGAAAGAUGAGCUGGAGGAGCUGCGUGAGGCCUUUGAUAAAGUGGACCUGAACAGCAAUGGCUUCAUUAGUGACUGUGAGCUCCAGGACCUGUUCAAGGAAGCCAACCUGCCCCUUCCGGGGUACAAAGUCCGCGAGAUCGUCCAGAAACUCAUGAAGGAGGGAGAUCGCGACAAAGACAACAGGAUCAGCUUUGAGGAGUUUGUGUCUAUCUUCCAGGAGCUGAAGAGCAGUCAAGUGGCUAAGACUUUCAGGAAGGCCAUCAACAAGAAGGAGGGUAUUCUGGCCAUUGGAGGCACCUCUGAGCAGUCCAGUGAGGGAACCCAGCACUCAUUCUCAGAGGAGGAGAGGUUUGCGUUUGUGAACUGGAUAAACACGGCACUGGAACAGGAUCAGGAUUGUCAGCAUGUGCUGCCCAUGGACCCCAACAACGACACCCUCUUCAAGGCUGUGGGUGACGGCAUUGUGCUGUGUAAAAUGAUCAACCUGUCGGUGCCAGACACAAUUGAUGAGAGGACCAUUAACAAGAAGAAGCUGACGCCGUUCACCAUUCAGGAGAACCUGAACCUGGCCCUCAACUCGGCCUCCGCCAUCGGCUGCCACGUGGUCAACAUUGGGGCGCAGGACCUGAGGGAAGGGAAGCCCCACCUGGUGCUGGGGCUGCUGUGGCAGAUCAUCAAGAUCGGCCUGUUUGCCGACAUCGAGCUGAGCCGGAACGAAGCUCUGGCGGCCCUGCUGAGAGAGGGCGAGACCCUGGAGGACCUGAUGAAGCUCUCCCCUGAGGAGCUGCUCCUGCGAUGGGCCAACUUCCACCUGGAGAACGCCGGCUGGACAAAGAUCAACAAUUUCAGCUCCGACAUCAAGCUAACAGACUUCUCAAAUUCAGUGAAGGACUCCAGAGCCUACUUCCACCUGCUGAACCAGAUCUCCCCCAAAGGGCUCAAAGAGGGCGAGGAUCGCAUCGACAUCGACAUGUCAGGUUUCGGGGAGAAGGAUGACCUGAAGAGGGCCGAGUACAUGCUGCAGCAGGCAGACGCUCUGGGCUGCCGGCAGUUUGUCACACCUGCCGAUGUUGUCAGCGGCAACCCAAAACUUAACCUGGCCUUCGUGGCUAACCUCUUCAAUAAGUACCCCUCCCUGACCAAGCCAGAAAACCAGGACAUCGACUGGGGCCGACUGGAAGGUGAGACACGAGAAGAGAGGACCUUCCGUAACUGGAUGAACUCCCUUGGGGUCAACCCCCAUGUCAACCAUCUAUAUGGUGACCUGCAAGAUGCACUUGUCAUCCUGCAACUGUAUGAGAAGAUCAAGGUUCCAGUCGACUGGAACAACAAAGUCAACAGACCACCCUACUCCAAACUUGGGGCUAAUAUGAAAAAGCUGGAGAACUGUAAUUACGCCGUGGAGCUGGGGAAGACCGAGGCCAAGUUCUCCCUGGUCGGCAUCGGAGGGCAGGACCUGAACGAUGGCAACGCCACCCUGACGCUGGCACUGGUGUGGCAGCUCAUGAGGAGGUACACCCUGAACGUGCUAGAGGACCUCGGGGAUGGAGAGAAAGCCAAUGAUGAUGUCAUUGUCAAUUGGGUCAAUAAGGUUUUGGCUGUGGCAGGCAAGCAAUCCAAAAUAUCAAGCUUCAAGGACAAAGAGAUCAGCACCAGCCUACCCGUCCUGGAUCUGAUCGAUGCCAUCCAGCCAGGCUGUGUUAACUACGAGCUGGUGAAGACGAGCCAGUCUGAUGAAGACAAGCUGGACAACGCCAAGUACGCCAUCUCCAUGGCCCGGAAGAUUGGCGCCAGAGUCUACGCCCUGCCCGACGACCUGGUGGAGGUGAAACCCAAAAUGGUGAUGACGGUCUUCGCCUGUCUGAUGGGACGAGGGAUGAAGAGGGCAUAAAGAGGCCACGCCGUGCCGUGCCAUGCCUCACCAGGCCAGCCCAGCAGACAGACCAACAUCUCACCCAUAAGCCAUUUGCUGGUUAAAAGGCUUCUGGUUAAAGGAAUUACGACAGCCAUUACUUAAAAGAAAAAAAAAGUAAAUCAACAGACAUUAAAACUAGAGAAUCUUGUUUUGCUUUGGCAGGACUCAAGUCUUCAUAAGGUCUUAAUGGAGUGGGGGUGGUAAUGGGGAGGGGCUGGCAUUGAUUGGUUAGAGAGGCCAUUCUUCCCUUGCCCCUGGAAAAUAUGACCGGUUGAUCUGCGAAGGUACACAUUGCUGAAAUGCAUUCAUAUCUUAAACCUGCAAGAUGACUGUGCCCACCGACAGACACACACACAUACACACACUCAUACACACACACAUCCAAAGACACACACACCCACACUCUGUCAGUGGGCUGAAACUAAUAUGAGACACCUUGUACAUUAUAUUUUUGCCAGCUUCUUUUUGGUUUCUUGGGGGAUAUGUAGAUGAAGAUAGUGGUAUGGAUCUUUUUGAGGCUUUAGCUUAUUUUAAUGGACUGUACAUCUCAAUUUGAAUGGCUUUGGAAGUGAGAUAGUUGCUCACCACUCACAGUAUUGCUGUAAUGCAGUGCUUUCCUUUUGUGGCUUUUUGUACCAUUAAGAUGGAGGCUUAUUUUCUUAUUUUUAUACCUUAUAUACAGUGUACCAAAAAAAAGAUAUGAGAGACAAUACAAGAUAACAUCUUUCCAGGUAGAAGCUUUAAAACAUUCCAUUGUUAUGAACGCAUUUUAGUAUGUGUCUUACGUACGUGUAUACCCCAAAAAGAUUGCUUUUUACGUAAAGAAAAAGCGAGGAACUAUGCAUGAAUAUCCUUUAGUUUUAAUGUAAAUUCAUACACACCCUGGUGGCUGAGAAGUACAGCUUUUUUCCUGACAGGAACAUUUCAUGCUCUAUUUCCAUGGGUUGGGAGAUGACAACACAGGGAACAGAAGCCCUCUCUCAGAGAUGGAAGCUGUCGCAAAAGAAUGGAGAAAACAGACUGGUCACCUUUUGGUUCAAAGGACCUAAUGCUGUGGAGAAAACUGGAAAUGUUUAGCCAUGCAAAGUUCAGUAAUCAACAGACAAAAACUGCUCAAUGGCUAAAAACACCUAUGUCUGGCUGACAACUGGUGAAACUGAAAUAAAACCAUUCCAAGCA